AUGAAGCGACGCCGACCAUGUCCCACAAACUUCACAAUCGGUUGGAUCCGCCCCCUCGCACUCGAAUACACCGCCGCAAAGCACGUCAUCGAUGAGGAAUACGACGAUUCCGACUCCGAAUACACGACGGGUCGCAUCCACAACUAUGAGAGAAACUAUGCAUACCUCCUGAAAGAAGAUAUCAAUGCCGACUUGCAGACAGGUAUUUCGAAAGAGCGGUGCGGUCAUCCCUUCCAUGUCGCCGUGUUGAGUGGCAAUGCGAAAGUGGCUCGGAUGCUCCUCAGAUAUGAUGCGGCCUUGAGUGACCCAUCAGACGAGCUAAUCGGGGGCUGA